AUGUUCGGAUUCGGCGAAGCCAAAGAGAAGCGCGACGAAGUCUACAACGGCGAGCACGAGUCGCACCUGAGCCAUGAGGUUAUUGGUGGCGGUGCCGCUUUCGAGGCCAUGAAGCUGUUCGAGGACCGUCAACGCAAGGAGGGUAAGACUGUCAGCCACGCCUUCGCCAAGGAGAUUCUCGCUGGCAUUGCCGGCGCCGAGGUCGACAAGCUCAUCGAGACCAAGGGCCUCGACUACGUCGAUCAGGAGAAGGCCAAGCACCACGCCAAGAAGCAGGCCGAACACCUGUACGAGCAGCAGUACGGUAACGAGGAGCAUUACAACCCUAAUAACUCGCACCGCCACGAGUCUAUGGACUACUAG